AUGGCACAUCUAACUGCUAGUCUUCUUAGCAACGAAUUGGUCCAAAUCAUCGUCGGUCCUGAGCUCAAAGAAUUCUUCGUCCAUAAAACUCUCAUCAGAUCAACAUGCGACUUCUUUGACAAGGCUUUUAAUGGAAGAUUCAAGGAAGGUAUCGAGAACAAGAUGCAUCUUCCCAAGGACGAUCCAGAGAUUUUCGAAAUUUUCGUCAAUUGGAUGUAUUCUGGGCAUCUUAGAGGAGGACUAAGAGAGCCCAUGCUGAUCAUUAACAUCUGGAUUUUCGCCCAAAAAUGCCAAGCUAUAACCUUGAAGAACUGCGCCAUGAAAGCUCUACAAGAUGCGCUAGGUGAUGAACGAAUAGGUCGAUUUCCAUUAUCUAAUUCUGAAGUUGCGCACAUAUACGAGAAUACAACAUGGGGUGAUGAGUUGCGAGUAUUUGCAAUAGCGAUGUUGGCGUGGGAGAUUCCGUUUGGGGAUCCAGAAGAUGCUGCUAAUUUGGAGAGAAUAUUCAAUGACGUGAAGAGCGCUUUGGAAGAAGUUUUAGAAUUCACACAAGAAUUUGGAGGGAAACCUGUGGCUGAUCCGAGAGUUAGAGGUGGUUCGUAUGAUAAGUGUGCGUUUCAUGAGCAUAAUGAUAAAGAUGAAUAUGUUUGCAUCGCGGCGUUGAAUUCUCAUCAGUAUAGAAAUAUACACUAG